CGCAAUCUCAAGGUUCGGCUGGUUGUCGCUGCUUUCGGGGAGUCUCUCGCCAACAGGGUCACGCCACCUACGUCGGCGACGGGACCUCCAGAGCCCCUGGCCGCUUUGUUAGUUUGCAGAGCCACAUCCAUGAAAGCCGUAAGCCAGCAUCGCGACGCCUCUUGCAUCCCACUCGGCCAACGCCGAGGCAUACCAGACCUGGCGCCCUUCGCUCUCGACCUGACAGGGGCCAGAGCAGACUUUGAGAGUGCGGCCCGCUUAGGGGACUAUCCUUCUCCGCCCAUGUCAGGGACUCCCCCCCUUCCGCCCAAAGCAACUCAUGAGUCUGCCGAGAGGAGUCAGGGAACUUACCAACCGACAACUCAAGAUGUCUACCGCGGAAUUCCGACCAUCCAGGGCGACAUGAGAUUGCAGGCAGGCAUGGUGGGACCUGGCAGGACAUUCUCCGGAGAGACACCCGAAAGAAUGCCUUACGCAUUUCCGCAUUCGGAGGCGCCAAUUCCCCAGCCAGUAUCUUCUUAUCCUCACCACAGCCAAGCCAUGCAUCAGCAACAUUCAUAUCUGCCAGCGCCGGCCCAAGGGCCCGGUCCGGCCCCGUCAGCUUAUCCUGUCAGCGCCCGACCAUUAGCUCAGGAAAGUCCGCUUCAGCAUUCGCCGAAACUCCAGCGGAAGACAAAGGGCCAUGUAGCUUCAGCUUGCGUUCCCUGCAAGAGAGCCCAUCUCAGGUGUGACGCACAACGACCCUGUUCGCGAUGUCUGAGCAAUGGCAAGGAAGACGUGUGCGUCGACGUUCAGCACAAAAAACGCGGCCGUCCUCGUUUAAGAGAUGACCGAGAGACGAGAUACGACCCGGGCAGAUUUGGGAGUCCUCAGGAUAGCACCGCGAGACGGCCCACGUCUUUAUACGGUGCGGGACCUUCGAUGAACGUGUCUUACGACGACGGCAUGAGACGGAGCCACUCGCAGUCGUAUCGCGUCUUGAAGUCGCAACCUGCCGAGCCCACUGCGCCGAGGUUCAUUGAAAGGGGUUCGAUGGCCGACGCCAACCUCUUUCCAGUGCCACUCUCCAUCUCAACGAAGACGCCAGAGCCAGCCGCGUUUCUGACGACGGACUUGGAAAUUGCGAAAGCUUCAACCACCUUCGUUGACGCGUUGGCGCGGCCGAACAUCGAGGGGCUGAAGCUGAUUGACAUAACCGUGCCCGGCGACAGGGAGAAGGUGCUCGGCCAUCAACGGCAGAUGCAGGAAGAGCAAAAGAUGAGGGAGCCGACAUACCUGCCCCCUAUUUUUGGCAAGCAGGAGGAAGACCGGGUGAUACAAGGCCUGGGCUUCAGUUCCGACGAGAUCUCCAGGUAUCAACUGGACAGACAAGAGUACCUAACCUUCCAGACGCUCGAGGGUCAGGCCAGGACAUUCCCCGUCCGCAUGGGGCUUGCGAAACAAGACUCGAUAUACUUCGUGGUCGUGACUCUGAGCUUGGCUGUGAGACAGUUUCAGCACACAACUCCGUCACCCAACCCCCGAGAUAUAGUGUACUCUUAUCAGCCGUUGCCGCAGCCCUACUCACAACCGACGCCUGUCUCAGCUACUUUCGAUCCGAGGCCACCUCGUCGUAGUGAGAGCGGCAGCUAUGGCCCAAGACAAUUGGAAGCCCCGUCGCAGAUGAUGGUCGGCUUGAGCCCGGGGAUUACCCCGUCGUACGCUGCGUCUCCGAGCCGCCCUGAUUAUUCCACCGGACAGCCCUCGUACCCACCCCCCCGAACCGAGUUGCAGUCGACCACUCGGCCUACGCAAACCCAGGGUUACCAGCUUCCGCCCAUACGAAGUCAGCAGCAGCAGCAGCAGCAGCAGUCGGCGCCGCUGCCGCCUGACCGGUCGCCCCAAAGUCGAGAAGACCGAUCCCGGGUCGACAUCGGAGGUCUCAUCGACCGGUCUGAUCCACCAAAGAGGUCUUAAACAUGGCGACUAUGGGCGUCGUCUUGUACUUCUCCUCCAUAGGCGGUUGGAUAGGUGCGGCGGCACCAUCCUUCCGUCACCGAAUCAGCACCAAGCUGUGACUGAGAGAUGCGAGUCGCGGCGAAGAUGCAAUUGUAUGCUUCCACUUAUACCCCGGUUGUUGUGCUUCGUGGUUCGCAAAAGUUUGAGACGAUACCAGUGUACAGUGG